GUUUGACAUGGUUAACCGAAGUAGGCUCUAUGUUAGCCUACCGUUUAUCAGGAUUGUUUCGAGUGCCAUCUAGAAAUAGGUCUAGACUAUUAUGGCAAUACUUGUUCAAAAAAAUAUGAAAUAAAUCCGGUUGAGGGCAGCACCUGCCCUUCUACAUGCGUUUCUACACACCUUCAAUCUGAGCGAAGGUGUCUGCAGUGGCGUUAUCUGGCACAUUGGAGAAGCGAUGGACUGGUGUAGGAGAGAGCUACGGUGAACAUCGAAAGGGGAUGCUCAGCGUCGAACGUGAAGCAACGUUAGAUAACCAGCUGCAAUAGGACAGGAUCCCCGACAACGCUGUAUGAAGAAAUAUAGCUAACUAGGUGACUGGAGCUGUACCUGGUAGUACCGUUGUUUUGCGCUAGACUACAAAGCAGAGUUUAAGAGACGGCGAUUUCAACGACUGGGAAUCUUUUGUAAAUCUAGGAGCCUACGUAAUUUGUUACAUACAGACGAUUUCUAUGUUAUGUGACGUUAAUGACUCUCAUUCGUGAAGUAAAGUGAAUUGGAUGGCUUCCCAUAGGCUACUGAAGAAGCUGGCAAGCCGGACUGAUUUAGGCAAUUUUAUUUUCACUAUUACUAACGUUAAGCUAAUAGAUUCCAAUUAGCCUACUUAAUACAAAUGUUUAAGUGAUUAGAUUUACAACUUAGCUGCUGAGCUUUUGAAUAAUGGUGUUAACGUUAAGAUAUCCCAAAAGCAAGCUGUCGGCGUGGGCUGCCCUCUGCGCAUUAGUGCUGUGCUGGUUCUACAUCUUUCCAGGCUAUAGGCUUCCUACCGACGAGCAAAUCAUAACUGAAGUCUUGCAGCUAGGAUCCGCAUGGAAAAAAAACGAAACGGGCAUCCGUUUAUACAGGAAGCUGAUGAAUGGCUGCUGUAAUCCUCAGAAGACGUUUGCACUUACGAGGGAAAACACUCCGUUGGGGACCGUCCUGUGGUACGAUGGGGAGCUCUUCUACUUCCGUACAGUCAGAAAUGACACGUACCCACUUUUUCCACAGGAGCCGCUCCUUAAGACGCCCUUGAAGAGGUGCGCUGUUAUCGGCAACGCGGGCAUCCUGAAGGACAGUGGCUGCGGCAGGGUCAUCAACCGGGCAGACUUCAUCAUGAGGUGUAACCUCCCCCCGCUAUCUACGGAGUACUCGAAGGAUGUGGGCACCAGGACACACCUAGUGACUGCAAACCCAAGCAUCAUUGAGAAAAGGUUCGAGAACCUAAUGUGGUCGCGCAAGGCGUUCGUGGACAGCAUGCGGGUGUACGGCCACAGCUACAUCUACAUGCCGGCCUUCUCCAUGAGGCCCGGGACUGCGCCCUCCCUGAGGGCCUACCACGCCCUGGCCGACGCCGGGUCGGACCAGAAGGUGCUGUUCGCCGGGCCGGACUUCCUGCGGGAUGUGGAGCGGUUCUGGAAGGGCCGGGGCGUCCACGCCAGGCGCCUCUCCACGGGCCUGUUCAUCGUCAGCCUGGCGCUGGGGCUGUGCGAGGAUGUGGACCUGUACGGCUUCUGGCCCUUCUCCGUGGACCUCCACCGCCGGCCCAUCAGCCACCACUACUACGACAACCACCCGCCCAACUCGGGCUUCCACGCCAUGCCGGAGGAGUUCCUGCGGCUCUGGGACCUGCACAAGAGCGGCACCCUGCGGGUGCACGUGGGGAGGUGCCCCAAAGAGGCCGACUAGCCCCCCACCCCACCCCGGGGCUUCGCCCUCGCACCGCUGGUCCCCCACCGGCCUGAGGACGUGCAAUACCGCCCCCCUCGUCUCGCCCGCUAACGUGGUUAGCCGCGGGCGCGGAUUGGGUGCCGUGGCUGGGUCCUGUUUAUGAGACUGGCUAAUACCAGCCUGCUGCAGCCUAUCAGACGAGCCGCAAAUGUCAAAGGGAAAUUUCAGUAAUCCAAGAGCAUGUUUGAUCGAGGCCAGGAAGUUUAAAACUGAAAAUGAAAUUGCUUUCAUGUUUCGAAAAAUCAUAAAAUGUCAAAAACCAGCACUCAGCUGAUUUAAAAAGUUAGUAAGCUCUUAUAUUUAUAUAUAGACUAUAGUGGAACUGGAUGAGUCCGAAUGUAGAGCUGGCUUCAGGAACCAGCUGGACACAUAGUACCUUUAAACCCUACACUGAGUUCAUACUAGGGAUGUGACAAAUCAUUAAAAAAUGUUAAACCGGUUACCAUCCCGUUGAAACGGUUAGCGGUGUGCUAUAUGAUACUGCUUAUGCUAGGGUUAUCAGGUAUUAGAUAGGUGCUCCUGGAGGGAUUGUCCCAUGCUUAGUCCCUUUGGAUGAAAGCGUCAGCUAAGUAACACAUUAUUGUUAUUAUUAUUACUCCCUGCCCCCCUUUAAAAUGGCAGCUUAUCUGGCAGCCCCUGUGUGUGUGGGAGAGAGGCUGUGUGUGUGGGGGAGAGAGGCUAUGUGUGUGGGGGAGAGAGGCUAUGUGUGUGGGGGAGAGGCUGUGUGUGUGG